CAUUACGGACAUACCGUAUGUCAAUGUCUCCCUGGGGCGGGUGUUACAGAACCGGAACAGUAUGUUGUGGGUUCAUAUCCCGGGAUGGGAAAUGCCAUCGAGCCCGACAUCCAAGUCGAAUUGACCAAAGUAACAGGAAUUGCGUAAACUUCUUCUUGAAAACAAGUUUUCGGCAGCGAGGGAAGCAGUUUUCAGUGGAUAACUAUGAGACAAGCGCCGGGCAGCACACUGACCUAUGGGAGAUGUGAUACAGGACGACUGGCACGGAGAGACUAAAUCCAAUUUAAACAACACGAAGGAUUUCUAAAAUUAAUCGAUAAAAGAAUCUUGGCAUUAAGUUUUGCAGAGGUCAGACACCGUGGUUUGAUUGUAACGCACUAGGUAGUACGACCGACAAAAACGAUUGUUAUUCAAGUAGCGUAAAGGAAUUUAACGUAGUUUAAAAGGUGUCGAAAAAGUGAAAAAUAAGUUAACCUACUUUAGCUCUAAAAUAAACAAAAAUGGCCAUGUUACAUUCAGUGAUUUUAUUUUUCCGGUUGUUGCAGGAAUUCCUUGAUUCUUUGGUUACAUAUUAAUACUUUCAAAUAGCACAGGGUUUUAGUCAUAUAAUGCAUAACCUAGUUAUUUUUUAAUUAAAAUUUAAAACUAUUACGGUUUCUGUAUUUUGAAAAUAUUUUCAUUUUACUUUUAAAGUUUCACAUUACAUUUACUGAAAAUAGCCUCGAUUAAAUGAAAUACUGUCAGGUAGGGCCUAUAACUGAAAAUCGUUACUGCAGAAAGUGUGAAAUUCUCUCAAAAAGUGAGCGUUGACUACCCCGCGAUCCCGGGAUACCUCAGCGGGCUGCGUCUGGCUUCGUCUGCAGUUUGAGCUGAUGGGGCGUCUUUGGGUCCUGGGGCUGCUUUUCUGGGCUUCGCUUUGGCUAAUCCCCGGUCUGCAAUUCCGCUACCACAACACGGUGGAAAUGGAACAGUAUCUGAAAUCGGUCAUUGAUAACUAUCCAUCUUUUACGCACUUGCAUAGCAUUGGGAAAUCAGUGGAAGGGAGAGAACUGUGGGUUCUUGUUCUUGGUAAGUUUCCCACAGAGCACAAGCUGGGGAUCCCGGAGUUCAAAUACGUCGCAAACAUGCACGGUAAUGAGGUGGUGGGGCGUGUUCUGCUGCUUCAGCUGAUUGAGCACCUCACCAAGAACUACCUGAGAGACCCCUCGGUCACGCUGCUUCUCAACAGCAGCCGCAUUCACAUCCUGCCCUCCAUGAACCCGGACGGCUUUGAGGCCGCCGUGCCCGGCUGCCUGCGCACCAAGGGGAGGUACAACAAACAUCGCGUGGACCUCAACCGGAACUUCCCAGAUGCCUUCAGCAGGGGCAAGGAGCAGAUGCGGGAGCCAGAAGUGCAGGCGGUGAUGGACUGGCUGCGCUCAGAGCCCUUCGUGCUGUCGGCUAACCUGCACGGCGGCGAUAUGGUGGCCAGUUACCCGUAUGACAACAGCAACAAAGGAAUUGAGCUGCAGGGAGGGGCCAGCAUCACGCCCGAUGACGACGUCUUCGUCUACCUGGCCAGGACCUACUCUUUCAGCCACACACUAAUGCACAUGGGCAAACCCUGCACGGACUCCACAGGCUUCCAGAAUGGUAUCACCAACGGGUAUCGCUGGUACCGGGUCUCAGGAGGGAUGCAAGACUACAACUAUAUCUGGGGCCAAUGUUUCGAGGUGACACUGGAGCUGUCUUGCUGCAAGUACCCCUCAGAAAAAAUGUUGCCUGGAUUGUGGGCAGAGAACAAGGCUGCACUUCUGGCCUACAUGCAGCAGAUCCACCUGGGUGUGAAGGGGCAGGUGUUGGAUGCGAACAGACUCCCAGUUGCAAACGCACUGGUAGAGGUGCUGGGGAGGAAAAACCAGUACCCUUUCAGGACAAACCAUAACGGGGAGUUCUACAGACUCCUACUGCCUGGAAACUACACCCUAAAGGUGACAGCUGAAGGUCAAGCCCCAGUGAUAGAGACACUCUCCAUUCCAUACGGACCGGACAGGUUCUCUGCACUGAUACAUAACUUCGUCCUUGCUGGGAGUCGGAGAGACCCUGACACUGCAGUCCCGACUGAUUCUGGGAAUGCCAAAGAGUCGCACUUUACACCAAUCCACGGUGCCUGCUUGCUCAGUAGAUACCUCGCUACUUUUCUUAUAUGUCAAGAGCUACUGUGAUAGUAAGCAUCUGGGAAGCCUGCUCCAUUGCCCCCCAUCUGGGAAGUCUGCUCCAUUGCUCCUCAUCUGGGAAGUCUGCUCCAUUGCCCCUCAUCUGGGAAGUCUGCUCCAUUGCCCCUCAUCUGGGAAGACUGCUCCAUUGCCCCUCAGCCUGAGCACACCUCACCAUAGUGGCACAAACUCAUGAGCUUCUACUGAAGCUAGCAAGUGGAAAAAAUCAGAUUUUUAAACAUCUUGCAGGCCCUGAGAUAAAAAAGUCUACAAGUGCUGUACAAGCUAGACCACUGAAUUGAUUCCUCAGAAGUCAGUGUUAUCCCAUGUAACUCACUGGAGAAAACCAAAGGUUAAAAUGAAAAGUUCUGGUUGCAGAGAAGUCACUAAUCUAAUUGUGCUAAAUAACUAACUCAUAAGGGGAUGCCACAAGUUUUCUACACAGAGAGCUUCUUUUUAACUGUUUUUUUUUUGGCCUUUGCAGUAAUGUGAUCACACUCCCUCAUCUUCUAACACACCUUAGUCUGGAGCUCACAAGAUUUUAAUUUUUAUUCAUUAUUGGAGGAAAGCAUGAAAGACGGGAGAUAUUAAUAUCACUAAUAACUUAUAAAACAGAUUUCAUUAUCCGGGAUUUUGUAGGAGACCUAAAACCAAUUUUUUUUUGUGCCCAGAUAUAUAUUUUUUAUAUUUACUUUGUUAAAACAUAAUGUUAUUGACAACCUUGAAAAGGAAUUUUCUUCCCAGUUUAUUUGCAUAUUUUUGAUAUCAAGUAUUAUCAGAUCUUCUUCCAAAAUCUUAAGACAAGUUAGUAAAGAAAGAUGUGCAACAGUCACUUUCCUUGAGGAUAAAAUAAUCCAUUAUCACACUCAAUAACUUAUCGACAUUAUAUAGUAACAUGGUUACAUUUCAGGCAGCACCUCCAUAGGAAUUUCCUUUGGUUUAAGUUUUAUUUGCCACAUACAUGUGUAGUGAAAUGGUUUUGCCAUGUACUCAAUGGAAAUAUGUAAUACAACAAAAAAUAAUAUUAAAAUAUAUAUGUAAAUAAUUGGAACUUAAACAAACAAUAAAAUAAAAUAUCA